CUUCCUUUCUGGCCACCUUGGCUGAAGUGUCACCAGGACGACACCGACAGACUUUGGUAAAGUUUCUGCCCCGGUGCUCCCUCGGUCCAGACAUGGCCCCCAGCGCGCAACUGAAGGAGGCGAUAGCCGAUGUGCAGGAGGGCAUACGUGCCAUCCUGCUCGGACCUCCCGGAGCCGGGAAGGGGACUCAGGCCCCUCGGCUAGCAGAGAAGUACUGCGUUUGCCACCUGGCCACCGGAGACAUGCUGAGGGCCAUGGUGGCUUCAGGCUCCGAGCUCGGCAAGAGGCUGAAGCAGACCAUGGAUUCUGGCAAACUGGUCAGCGAUGAGAUGGUCGUGGAGCUCAUAGAGAAGAACCUCGACACGCCGCCCUGCAAGAACGGAUUCCUGCUGGACGGAUUCCCAAGAACAGUCAAACAAGCAGAGAUGCUGGACGAUUUGUUGGACAAGAGACACGAGCAGCUCGACUCUGUGAUCGAGUUCAGCGUCGAUGACUCUCUGCUGGUUCGCCGGAUCUGUGGCAGACUAAUUCAUCAGCCGAGUGGACGCUCCUACCACGAGGAGUUCAACCCCCCCAAAGAGCCCAUGAAGGAUGACGUGACAGGUGAGCCGUUGAUCCGUCGCAGUGACGACAACGAGACGACGCUUCGUUCCCGUCUGGACGCCUACCACCGGCAGACCGCCCCUCUGGUCAAGUACUACAGCGCCAGAGGCAUCCACACAGCCGUCGACGCUGCCCAGAGCCCCAACGUUGUCUUCGCCUCCAUCGUUGCUGCCUUCACUGCCGCCACAGAAAUCCCCGCUCGUGCCACCGCCUGUAAAGACCAAGUGUUCUUCAUUUAAAGUUUUUCUUCCUUCCCCUUCGAGUGGCUUCAUUUUCCCCUCAGUGGUGGAGAUUAUACAAGAGUUGAUCAAGUUUCAGUGGCAACAAAAUGUAACUUUAACGAGGAAGAUGGAGACUCAAAUCACUGUUGUAGCAACAGAAAAGGAGUCAAAUUUUAUUACUCUUCAUCACCAAAUCAAAGCCUGAAAGAGAAGAAGUGAUUAAUUAACACCAUCCUGCUGCUGCUUCUGCCGCCUUUCACUGUAGACAAGUGAGAUUUAAGGUUUUGAGAUCUAGCAGAGCAGAGUUCCACGUACGUUUUGAUAGAUGCUCUUCACCAGAAGGUGUUUGAAAAUAUUGACAUUUGUUGCAUAUUGUUUGCCGUCACUGGACAGGUUUGCUCUUGUUUAAUCGAUGUCUUUGCCUUGGAUUUCUUUAUUAGUCUUUUGAAUCUUAUAUUCUUUCAGUCGGUCUCCUGGUUUUUCCUAUCCAACUGUACCAAGUGUGAUCAAAAAAUUCAGAGACUGCGCCUAUAAAAAUCCCAAAAUCAUACUGGAUUUAAAUGUGGCAACUUUCACUGUUGAGGCAGUUUCCUUGUGCAGUGAAGCUCUGCUCCCAGUGCUCCUGCAGGACUUGUAACGCUCCGUGGAAGUCCAUUUAUGUAAACAUGUGAAGCGCCAUUUGCUAUAAGCACUGAAUCCCCAAAAUUGUGUCAAAAUUGGCGAAUAUUCCACUUAAAUUUCAUUUCGGAGAAGAGGAAGACAUCAUAAACAGCCAAAUGAUGGAGAGCAAUGAUUGGGUCGUUGGGGCCAAAAAACUUUAUCACCUCACUCGCCUGAUGGCAUGUGGCCCAGUGACACAGUUUACGUUGUUUGCGAUGGAUGUUACAGUUGAAAUCUACCUUGACGCUUGAUGACGAAUUCCUGGUAACUAAAGUCUGGACACAUAGGAAAUCUCAUGAACUAUAUAUAUUUUUUUGCCUCUACAGAUUAAAUAUGGCUUUGUCAAAAGAAGAAAGAGUUGAAGUGGUACUUCUCAGUGGACGUGAAGGAUGGACAUAUCAAAAGUUAGGGUUAGGGUAGGGUUAAUUGGGUUAGUAGGGUUAGAGUUAGGGUGAGUACGGUUAGGAUUAUAGUUAAUUAUAGUUAAUGAUAUUUCCUGUGUGUCCAGACUUUAGGGACUCCCUGUACAUGACAACAACAUUGGUGCUCCUGACCAAAUGCGCCUUUUCUGGUCUUGACCACUGUGGAACUAUAAAAACUGCUGUUGCUUCUCUUGAUGGUAGCCGCAGACCCACCUCUAGUCACCGUGAUGAUCCUCAGCUUGAAUGUUGGAUCAUCCAGCUGCUGACUGACACAGAUGUUUGCUUUCUGUAAAAGUUUGAGCUCCAUUGAAAAAUCAUGAAUGUGCACCAACUAGUGGUCACAAAAACGUGCAACAUCAUGACAGAUACGACUUACAUACACUACCGUUCAAAAGUUUGGGCUCACUUAGAAAUGUCCUUAUUUUUGAAAGAAAAGCAUUUUUUUUCAGUGAAGAUAACAUUAAAUGAAUGAUAAAUCCAGUGUAGACAUUAUUCAUGCGGUAAAUGACUAUUGUAGCUGGAAACAACUGAUUUUUUUUAUGGAAUAUCUCCAUAGAGGUACAGAGGAACAUUUCCAGCAACCAUCACUCCUGUGUUCUAAUGCUACAUUGUGUUAGCUAACGGUGUUGUAAUGCUAAUUGACGAUUAGAAAACCCCUGUGCUAUUAUGUUAGCACAUGAAUAAAAAUGUGAGUUUUCUUGGGAAACAUGAAAUUGUCUGGGUGACCCCAAACUUUUCAACAAUAGCGAAUGUUGCACAAGCCUGAAUGUGAUGCACAUACAACGUAUACAGUCUCUAAACUUUAUGAUCACACUGGGUACCUGCUCUUUCUCCCCCUACUUCCUUAAACCUGAAUGCAUUAUAAACACCAAACCUGCUAAUCAUUUUCGGUGGCCUUUGAUAGUUCUCUUGGAGCCCUGAGAGAGAACUGAAGCUUAGUUUCCACGAGAUAUCAUAAAACUUUGAUGGAAAGGAACUUGAUACUGAAAAGUUAAAGACAGAAAAACUGGACUGAUAAAUUAAUGAAGGUAAAAUCCAGAAUGCACUUUUAAAAUCUUGAGAUCUGUGGACUAUGUGAUAGUUUUAAUCACAGCCUAACCCAGCAGCCUUCAGUCUAUAGCGAGCCUUCCCAGUGGGGCAUCGAGAACUGGCGAGGUAUAUAAUAUGUUGUGAAAGAUGUUGUGGAAGGUUCAGGUGUUCUGAAAACAGGAGGUCAGUUGCUGUUUUUUUUGCUGUAAUUCAGCCUCUGUGGCGCACAGCUCGAGGAGGCAAUUCAGCCACUUUAAAACCCUCGGCGGCCAACUGCUGCAAUUAGCGUCAACAUGCGUAUUUCUGAGUCAUAACUCAGUCAGGCCCAAGCACAUAUAAAAAUACAUCAUAAAUGUAUUUUUGUACUAUAUUUAGUAUGACUUUCAGUCUCUGAUGCAUUUCUGGUAAUCAAUGUACAACAUAAUCACCUUAUAAACCUGAGAAUCAUCGCAUUUCUAAGUAUUCUUCAAAGUGAUUAAUUGAAAGUUGUCAGAACAUGGAUGCACUGAACAAGGACUUUGACAUAAUUUAAUGAUGUCUGUUGCCAAAAUAUUAAGAAGGCUUCAAAAGAAAGUUAUAGUCUACACUAUAGCUUACUGAAUUCCUGAUUUCAUAUAAGUAACCCACAGUAGUCGUGUUUCCAAUAAGUAUUUUUUGCACGUUUUUAAAAAAAAUGUUUCUCUGGUUUUGAAAGGAAGUUUUUACACUUGUUUGGGAUGUUUUUUCCUUUAUUCCAAGAGUUGAUGCACUUCAUUGGUGAUGGAAACCCCUUUUUCUGACAAAGUUCUGAUGUAAAGAACAUUUAACUCACGAGUAAUCAGCAUUUUCCACUUCUUUUGUUGUUUUCGUGUCCAGACUGUAUGAAGCAUGUCCAAUACCAGCUGGAAUUAUUCUACCUUAAAGUUUUUAGCAUUUGACAAAUGGCUGGUUUUGUUUCCAGCUUCUUCUACCCAGUUUAUUACAGCCAUGUAGUGUGUAGCGCCACUUUCUGACGACACUACGCAGCUUGGUUUAUUUUCUUCCAGGCAGUUAAUGAAGCGAACCUUAUUUGCAUUUUCUUUUGGGAUGUUCUGCAACAUUGCAAGCAGUUUUUUUCAAAUUUGCUGAACGUUUUAUCUGAAAACUUGGCUACUUUUGGGCUCAAAGCAGGCGGUAGUUUCUGUUGCUCAUAAAAAACUGGUUUUCCAUCAUGGCAGCAUGUUUUCAGUGCUGCUGUUGCUCCAGUCUCACCACUGAAGUGACGAAUCAGGAUGUUCAAAUGACGUCUUAGAUAAAUGUCCAUUGGAGACUUUUUAAUUAUCUCAACUCUGCUCAUAGUCUUGAACUCAAAUGACACUUUAGACAUUACAAAGACUGAACAGGUUGAAAAUUAAGGCAGUAUUGGAUUGAAAUGAUUAACUGUUAAAUCAAAAUGCACUUGAUGUGAUGUCUGCUGAGCCACCGCAGGAGGUUUUAGUUGCAACACGUCCUUAUUUUACUGCUGCUGCUGCGUGUUAUUUCUUGUUGACGUGGAAUUUUAUUGGACCGAACUCUUUCCGAGGAAUUGGAUUUGCCAGAAGAGUUUGCAUGUCUGAAUCUGCAGGAGGGAAUGAGGAUGUGUCGGUCACACCACAUAUAUGCACACAGCGGUGAACUGCUGAGACGAGCCUCUUUAAUCGUUGCGUUAAUUGAUGUGUAACGAGGCACUGAAGUAUGAAGGUGUUUUUGGUUGCUGAAUGUGACAGAGACCAAACUUUAUGAGUAAUGAAGAAAGAGCAGCUAUAAUUGAUAUUUUUAUGAUUGCAAUGUGAAUGUUAAUGUGAAGAUUGUGUACGAGAUAAGUUGUUGGGAUUAACCUCCAUUAUCGAAGUACCCUUUUCAGAGCUUAAUAGUGAAUUUCAGCUCAUUCCUUAAUUGUCCAGCCUUAAAAUUAACUGUUUUAUUCACCUUUACAGCUCUCUCUAGCCCCUCUUAGACCUUCUUUCUGUUAAUCUGAAGGCAACUGAAUGUGUUUCGAUUCUAAGUGUGCUCCGUGCUAACUUUUACUGAAAAAGUCACGCCAGCUAAUAACAUUUCAGUAUCACUUUUUCAUUGCAGAACAGGUCAAAACUGCAUGUAAUCACAUUAAGAGAUUAAUGAAGCAACAGUGUUACAUAUUCCAUGUCUGAAAAGGGUUAUAUGGUGAUUUUCAGUGCAAAAGCUCUAGACACAUAGCUAAUUAGCAACUAGCAGUGGAGCAUUUGGGAGCUACAAACCAGAUAUUUCUUUGAAGACUUGGUAGAGACCAAAAAAAGAGCUAAAAGAGAGAGAUUAUUGGUCCUCCAUUCCCCAGGUAGCCUCAUAAUGAAGAAUAAGCAGCUGUCAGCAAAGAAGUUCACCGUGUGAACUUAAAAGGUGAUGACACUCUGUUGUGUUUGCAGAUUCAGCUUGUUUCUGCCACCCUCCGGUGGUCAAAAAGUCAGUUAAUGCAGUUUAAUUGACCAUGCAGUUACAGAUUGCACGCUGGUUACAUGAAUCUCACUGUAGUAUUAUGUAAAUUGCAAUUCUUUCAUUUUUAGCAACGCUGUUCAAUUUUUUUGUUAAAAUGUAAAAACCCCAGCAACAUGCAAGCAGUUUUUAUUCCUAAGGAAUGGCAGCAGCAGUGACCAGAGACAUUAUGGCCCAACCCCAGUCUCUACAUUCACUGACUUUUUGACACAUUACCACUAAGUAUGUGAGGGUUCUAUUGAGUUUUCAACGUUAUUGUACUUUUUUUUUUAAGGCAGCAUAUCUGCGGACUUUCCCACCUCGUUAUUGUGAAAUGUACAAAAACUAGACAUGAAAGAUGUUGGGAAGAAAUGUGCUAGAACUGUGGGUUGUGAAUGACAUCUGGCUGUUUGCUGUUGUGGUUAUUUAUUGCAUGUUUGUAGACGCUGCGUAGGAUUUACGGAUAUUCACGGCUUUGUUGUCCUUUUCAUAGUUUGCAAUGAAAAUGUCAGGAUGUCCCCAGUCCGGUCCAAGUCAUUUAAUAUUUAGCAUAUCCCGAUACUGAGUGCCCAGUCUGAUACCAUUUUCCUACAUAAUGAACGCUUGAAGUACACUAAAGUUAUUAAAACCAAUUCAAAUGUGUAUGCUUGAAUGAAUAGUUCUGGUAGGAAACUGAUGGAGAAAACCUGUUUUCUCUCCAUGAUGUCCGUCCGUCCGUCCGUCCGUCCGUCCUGUAUCUAUACACCAUUUAAUCCUCAUUAGGGUCGCGGGAGGGCUGGAGCCUAUCCCACAUAGGGCCACAUAUACAGAUAAACAAUCACACUCGCAUUCACACCUAUGGGCAAUUUAAAAUAAUCAACCUCAUCAUGUUUUUGGACUGUGGGAGGAAGCGAGAGAACCUAGAGAAAACCCACACAUGCACAGGGAGAACAUGCAAACUCCAUGCAGAAAGAUCCCAGGAAGGUAGGGGUGUGAACCAGGGAUCUUCUAGCUGCAAGGCAAAAGUGCUAACCACCAAGCCACUAUGCAGCCCCUACGUGAUAUCACAAAAUGUUAAUUAUCAGUCGUACCUUGUUGUUCCACCAGGUGGAACCUUUAUGUGUUUAAUUCUAUAGUGACCAAAGGAGGCGUCACUCAGACUACAGGCAGUGAAUGUUGGCAAGCAGAGAGCAUUGUGGGGGUUUAGAUAGCAAUGGGCACCAUGACAAAGAUUUCGGAGGUGCUUAAUGACCGACCAGAUCUUACACUACUGUUCAAAAGUUUGGGAUCACUUAGAAAUGUCCUUAUUUUUGAAAGAAAAGCAGUUUUUGUUAAUGAAGAUAACAUUAAAUGAAUCAUAAAUUCAGUCAAGACAUUGUUAAUGUGGUAAAUGACUGGUCUAGCAGGAAACAGAUGAUUUUUAAUGGAAUAUCUCCAUAGGGGUACAGAGGAACAUUUCCAGCAACCAUCACUCCUGUGUUCUAAUGCUACAUUGUGUUAGGUAAUGGUGUUGAAAGGCUCAUUGAUGAUUAGAAAACCCUUGUGCAGUUAUGUUAGCACAUGAAUAAAAGUGUGAGUUUUCAUGGAAAACAUGAAAUUGUCUGAGUGAUCCCAGACUUUGGAACAGUGGUGUAUAUCUUUGCUGCCAGUUAUUUAGGAGAUCAUUCAGUAUUUGCAUCCUGAACGUCCUGCCACAGAUUCUGCUGAGGUGGGGAUUGGGACCGGUCUCUGUUCUCGUAAACGUGGUCUCAUUUGGACAUUUUUAGGAAAUUUCUUCAAAUUUGGCACAACACUAACUUCAGAAAUUGAUGGUUAAAGGUCCCUGUGACUCUAUAAAACAUGUUUUUGUCAGUAACUCAAGAAUUUUUGCUGUAAUUAUGACAACAUUUUUGCACAAAUAGGAUACAAUGAAGAAGUAAUAAUAACCUUUUAGAUCUGAAAAACAACCCUAGACAGACAUGAAUGUAACCUGUAACAGAUCACAUGGUGGAAAUUCUACUUUGAAGUCACCUGUGCUGAAUAAAGUUUGUGUUCAGGUGGA